GUGAUGAUAGAUCAUAGCUGUGGGAGGCAUUUUUUCGGUAGAGUUCACAGAGGCAAGGAAGAAAAUCGUGGCAGCAGUGGAAAUAUCGAUGUUCUUGGACGAUUUCCUUCCAGGGCGAGUGGAAUCUGUCAAGGACAAAUCCCCGAUUUCGUCCAGGAGGAGCGAUCGAAGGAUGCUAUCGGGGCUUCCAAGAAGGAUGGCGUCGAGAGGUGGGUUCCAUGGAACUCCUUGAUUCUAAAGUACUUGGAGCAAGGUCGAUGCGAGGAAGCCGUGAGGAUGAUCGAGGAGACGUGCCUGGAGGAGGAAGAGAGUGUGCCGAGCGAGAGCUUGAUCGUGGCCGCUCUCAAUCGCCUCUCCUCUCCCAGAAUGCUCGAGGCCGGGGAGAGAAUCCACUGCGUCGCGAGCUGCCUCAACCUGGUGGAAUCGAAGAGGAAGAGAGUUGGAGUGGCGCUGCUGGGGAUGUAUGUGAGGUGUGGAAGCGUCGAAAGCGCUCGCAAGCUCUUCGAUUCCAUGGCGGUGGAGAGGAAUGGAGAGUGCUGGACAGUGAUGAUCUCCGCGUACGUGAGGAGGGGCUGGAUCAACGAGGCACUGCUCCUCUUCAAGAAAUCUCUCCUGGAAGGCGUCCGGCCAAGCGAGGGUACGUUUAUCGCGCUUCUUCACGCUUGCUCGAGGCCGGCUUCUUUGGAUCAAGGGAAGAAACUCCACAGGCUCUUGGAGGAGGCUGGAUUCCAGGAGUCCAUAGCGCCAUCGCUGGCUACUUCGUUGAUCAAGAUGUAUGGGAAGUGUGGGAGCUUGGACGAGGCCUGGAAGGUGAUGGAGAAGAUCGAAUCUCGGGACGUGGAGCUCUGGACAGUGAUGAUCGCUUCUCUGUCUCACUUCGGCAAGCUCGAUCGGGCAUUCGAGCUGCUCAAGAGGAUGGAUCUCGAGGGUGACAGGCCGAGCAAGAUGACUUUCAUGGCCGUCUUGCGAGCUUGCAAGGAUCAUCCGGAAGCUCGCCAAGUUGGAGGAGUUCUUCACGGUUUGAUCCGAGAGAGGGGACUCGAGUCGGACGUCGGCGUUGGAACGAGCCUCGUGAACAUGUACGCUAGGUGGGGAGACGCCCAGCAAGCGCAGGAAGUGUUCUCGCAAAUCGAAGCUCGCGACGUCUCGUCGUGGAACUGCCUGCUCGCGGCGUACUCUCGCUGCUCCCGGCAGGAGCAAGCGCUGGUUUUGUACCGCGAGAUGAUGCUCGAAGGUGUGAAACCGGACAGGCUCACGCUCAACACCGUCAUCGAUGUCUGUGCGAGCUUGAAAGAUCUGGAGCAAGGCAGCCGGAUCCACCAGCAGAUCGCCAGCUCCGGGUUUGCGUCCGACUUGAUGCUCGACACUGCGCUCAUCACUUUCUAUGGACGCUGCGGGAAGCUGGAGGCGGCGUUGGAGAUCUUCGAGGCCUUGCCAGCUCGAGACAACGUAACUUGGAACACCAUGAUUGCAUCUCUCAACGAUCACUCUUCCCCGGAGGCCGCCAUGGGAUUCUUCCAGAGAAUGCAGCAAGAAGGUAUGGCACCGAGCAGAGUGACGCUUCUCACCGUGCUCGGACUUUGUGGCAGCGUCGGGGAAGCGAAGCUCGUCCACUCUUGCGUGAGAGAGAGUGGAUUCGAGCAGGAUAGCGAGGUGAAGAACACGCUCAUCACUGCGUAUGGAAGGUGUGGAGGACUGCCACAAGCCUUGGAGAUCUUCGAGGCACUCCCGCGGAAGAUCGAGAGCUCGUGGAAUGCGAUGAUGGGAGCUUACGCCGCGCAGGGAAAGCCGCGAGCGGCGCUGGAGCUCUUCCACCGGAUGGUGAAGCUGGAGCAGAUGAUCCAGCCGAGUGUUUCCACGAUCAUCCUGGCGCUCAACUCGUGCCGGAGCCUUGCCGACGGCGGCGAUGGUGGACAUGCUCGCGAGGUGUGGAAGCCUGGACGACGCCAGCGAGUUCUUCCACAAACUUGGGAAGAACAAGGACACGGUUCUCUGGACGACGAUGGUGGCGGCGUUCGCUCGUCACGGCCACUCCGCUCGAGCUCUCGGCCUCUUCGAAGCCAUGCUCCUCGACGGCGGCGGCUCUCCGGACGAAGUCACGCUCGUGAGCGUCCUCUCGGCUUGCAGCCACGCCGGGCUCCUCCAUCGCGGCCUCCAGAUCUUCGCCUCUACCGCCAGUGACUUUGGGGUCCAGUGGCGCUC